AUGGAGGACACCAAAGAAUGCAUUCGCAAAUCAGAGACUGUAAAGUUAAAAGCUGAGGCUCGGCUGGACCUCCUGCGGCAGGUGGGUGUGGCGGUGGACACGUGGCUGAAGAGUGCUAUGAACCAGGUGAUGGAGGAGCUGGAAAAUGAGCGUUGGGCAAACUUCACACCCCAUGAUCCCUCACUGUCGGGCACCGUGGACUUAGACCGAGAGGACGGAGAAGAGUGCGAAGAAAACAUGGAAGUGUUUGAUGACAGCAGCUCCAGUCCAUCGGGAACACUUCGCAACUACCCACUUACCUGCAAAGUGCUCUACUCAUACAAGGCAUCGCAGCCGGAUGAACUGACCAUCGAUGAGCAGGAGAUGUUGGAGGUCAUUGAGGAUGGGGACAUGGAGGACUGGGUCAAGGCUCGCAAUAAAACAGGCAAAGUCGGCUAUGUCCCAGAGAAGUACCUCCAGUUCCCUGCCUCCAACAGUCUCCUGAGCAUGCUCCAGUCCCUCGCCACUCUCGACGCACGUUCACACACCUCAUCCAACUCAACUGAGCCGGAGCUCCACACGGGAUGCAUUAAUGGAGACACAAACAUGGUUUAUGUGCGUGCACUUUAUGACUACGAGGGUCAAGCAGACGAGGAGCUGUCGUUCACCGAAGGAGCAGUGAUCCGGCUGCUGAACCGCGACACGCAAACUGACGACGGCUUCUGGGAGGGCGAGCUGAACGGCAGGGUGGGCGUGUUCCCCUCGGUGCUGGUGGAGGAUGUCAAUGAGAACGGAGAACACAGUGGUCUACAGGGAGACAUACAGAUUUCUCCAUGUGCAAAAAUACCGAAUUGCCUUCCUCCUCUUCCACUUUACGAUCAACCUCCCAUCAGCCCUUUCACCAGCCCUGAAACCUCCACUCCGCCUCCACUACCGCGUUCACCGUCUACUGCCCUCAACGGAGAACACAAGCCUCCGCUGCCUGCCUCGUCACAUAAGGGAGCUCUGUCGUCCCACAAUCAAAGUUCUGGCCGUAGUCCAGUGUCUCCAGGAUUUCCUCAGCCACUUCGAUUCACAUCUGAAGGCGGCCCGGGAAAAUUACGACCAGUGCGUGCUGCCCCACCUCCCCCCAAACAACACGCCCGGCGACAGCAGGACAAGAGCGACAAAACAGAGGAGGUGGAGAUCACACUGGUCUGA